AUGCCUCCCGCAAACCUCCCCACCAUCCCCGCCAUGAACCGCGACAAGCCCCUCUUCCCCACCGGCACCGCUGACGGCGAGGCCACCGUCAUCUUCGUCCUCGGCGGUCCCGGCGCUGGCAAGGGCACCCAAUGCAGCAACAUUGUCCGCGACUACAAGUUCAAGCACCUCUCCGCCGGCGACCUUUUGCGCGAAGAGCAAGACCGCAAGGGCAGCGACUUUGGCGAUCUGAUCAAGGAGUACAUCCGCGACGGCAAGAUUGUCCCCAUGGAAGUCACCAUCCAGCUGCUCGAAAACGCCAUGCAGGCCACCAUCAAGAACGACCACAUCAACAAAUUCCUCAUCGACGGUUUCCCACGCAAGAUGGACCAGGCUGUCCAAUUCGAAAAGUCCGUCUGCAAGAGCAACUUUACUCUGUUCUUCGAGUGCACCGAGAAGGUCAUGGAGGAGCGUCUGAUCAACCGCGGCAAGACCAGUGGCAGAGCUGAUGACAAUGAGGAGAGUAUCCGCAAGCGUUUCAGAACUUUUGUCGAGACCAGCAUGCCUGUUGUCGACUACUUUGACAAGGACGGCCGUGUUGUCAAGAUCCAGGCUGUCCAGACUCCUGACGAGGUCUACGAGCACGUCAAGCUCGGCUUCACUGAGCGCGGUAUCAAGCUCGUUUAA